GUGCCCCGCGCUCCGCGCCCCCUUCUCUUUCAGCCUUGGGCGCCGGGGAGGCUCAGUGGACCUGCUGACUGGGAACAGAUAUGGCGGCGACUCUGGGCAGCGGGGAGCGCUGGACCGAAGCUUACAUUGAUGCAGUUAGAAGAAACAAAUACCCGGAAGACAGACCUCCUGAGAGUCAUGACUCCUGUGGUUGCUGUAACUGCAGGAAGGCAAAAAAGGAAAAGAAGUCUGAAAAUGAGCGGAAUCAGACCCGACAGGGUGAGGGAAACUCUACUUACAGCGAGGAACAGCUGCUUGGAGUACAAAGGAUUAAGAAAUGCAGAAAUUACUAUGAAAUUCUAGGUGUUUCUCGAAAUGCCAGUGAUGAAGAGCUUAAGAAAGCUUACAGAAAACUUGCUCUGAAAUUUCACCCUGACAAGAACUGUGCUCCUGGAGCAACAGAUGCUUUCAAAGCCAUAGGAAAUGCCUUUGCAGUCCUGAGCAAUCCUGACAAGAGACUCCGCUAUGAUGAAUAUGGAGAUGAGCAAAUGACUUUCACUGCCCCUCGAGCCAGACCUUAUAAUUAUUACAGAGACUUUGAAGCUGACAUCACUCCAGAAGAGCUAUUCAACGUCUUCUUUGGAGGACAUUUUCCUACAGGAAAUAUUCAUAUGUUUUCAAAUGUGACAGAUGACAUUCACUGUUACCACUGGCGGCACCGACAUGAGAGGACACAGACACGGAAGGAAGAGGAAGAAGAUAACCCUCAGACAACAUAUUCUGCAUUUGUUCAGCUGCUUCCAGUUCUUGUGAUUGUGAUUAUAUCUGUCAUUACUCAGCUGCUGGCUGCUAACCCUCCAUAUAGUCUAUUCUAUAAACCGGCCUUGGGCUAUACCAUUUCUAGAGAAACUCAGAAUCUGCAGGUGCCUUACUUUGUGGACAAAAACUUUGACAGGGCCUACAGAGGAGCAUCUCUGCGUGACCUGGAGAAGACAAUAGAGAAGGAUUACAUCGAUUACAUCCAGACAAGCUGUUGGAAGGAGAAACAACAAAAGUCGGAGUUGACAAAUUUGGCAGGAUUAUACAGAGAUGAACGAUUGAAACAGAAAGCAGAGUCGCUGAAACUUGAAAACUGUGAAAAACUUUCCAAACUUACUGGCCUACGCAGAGGUGGCUGAGAGGAUAACAGUCCUACACAGGGUUGGGGUUUUGCUACUUGGUAUUAUUUAUGUUCCUAAUUCCAUUUUAUAAUACAAAAUUAGGAAAUGA